UAUUUAUUUCUUCGUUUAAAAUUGAUGUUUAUAUACUAUAUAUUUUUCCUGGGAGAUUUGUACUUUCAUGGGUUGACUGUGGGCUAAUUGUGGAUUUUGUUGCCUGACCUGCACAUUAGAAGAGUAAAUUUUCCAUCUGCGGGAACAAGGAAAUAAACACACCAUCGGUCAGCUGAUUUCGAUGUGGUCAUGUGAUUUCCUCUGCCUAAAAUCUGUGCAUGGCGAAGACGUUAGUGCUUCAAAAUGGGUCUGACAGAAGCAGCUCCAAGCCUGUUGUGUUUUCUUGCCAUUAUCGUCAGUAAAGGGCUCCCCAGUCCCCUGGCAGGCAAAGAAGCCUGGAACUAUGUCGAGGUGAGAGAGGGGGCCCAUAUGUUCUGGUGGCUUUACUAUGCUGACAGCCGGUCUGCCGGAUACGAGGAGCUGCCUCUGGUCAUGUGGCUGCAGGGUGGACCAGGAGGAUCAGGAAGCGGCUUUGGGAACUUUGAUGAGAUUGGACCUUUGAACAGGGACCUAGAGCCCAGAAAGACAAGCUGGGUACAGGCAGCUAGUGUGUUGUUUGUAGACAACCCUGUGGGCACUGGCUUUAGCUACACUGACAGCCCUGAUGGCUAUGCUACCAAUGUGUCCAUGGUGGCCUCAGACAUGCUGGUGCUGCUCAAACACUUCUUUACAGAGAGGCCGGAGUUCCAGAACAUCCCCUUUUACAUCUUCUCUGAGUCCUAUGGAGGGAAAAUGGCAGCUGCUAUCUCGUUGGAACUCACCAAGGCCAUAGCACAAGGGACAGUGAAAUGUAAGUUUGCCGGUGUGGCCCUUGGAGACUCCUGGAUUUCCCCACUGGACUCUGUCAUGACAUGGGGCCCAUAUCUCUAUACUACUUCACUGUUGGAUGAUUAUGGCCUGGCGGAUGUCAACAGUGCAGCUGAGGCAGUGAAGAAAGCCAUGGAGGAGCAGCAGUUUAAGAAAGCCACUGAACUGUGGUCGGUGACUGAGACUGUGGUGGAGCAGAACACCAAUGGAGUCAACUUCUACAACAUCCUCACCCAGCAACCGGAUGAAAAACUCCACCUACAUUGUGAAGACACGAUGAUUGCAUCCACUCUGCAGAUACGUCGCCACAUUCGUCCUCUCCAUAGCCCCUCGCUGAACGAGCUGAUGAAUGGACCAAUCAGGAAGAAACUUGGCAUCAUCCCCCAGAAUGUCAUCUGGGGAGGCCAGGCGGAAGAUGUGUUCACCAACAUGGCAGGUGACUUCAUGAGGCCAGUGGUGGACAUAGUUGAUCAGCUGCUGACCAGUGGAGUCAAUGUCACUGUCUACAAUGGACAGCUAGACCUUAUAGUGGACACCAUGGGUCAGGAGCAGUGGGUGAAGCGGCUGAAGUGGGAGGGGCUACCUGGAUUUAACAAGCUAAGGUGGACUGCCCUGGAUGACCCCACCUCCCCAGGUGUUACUGGGGCUUUCUACAAGACAUAUAAGAACUUUGCCUUCUAUUGGAUCCUCAAAGCCGGUCACAUGAUUCCUUCAGACCAGGGGCCAAUGGCUUUGGAGAUGCUGAAGAUGAUCACCCAGCAGCAACUCUGAUCCACCCACUAUUAUGCCAGCUGGAAUGGCUCUGACAAUCACAAUGAUCACAUGAUUUGUUUUUUAUUUUUAAUUCAUGUUCUGCUAAACCAAAUCCAAAAUUCCAGUCUUGCUUGAUUACAACAAUAACCUCUGUAUAUUUCAGCCUCUAAUAAAGAUGUUUCUUUUUUA